UCGGCGAAUUUCUCGGUGCCGGCGACACCCGACAUCCCCAUGAACUUACUGGAAAAGUUAAAGAUGCAGAAGAAUCAGGCUACGCCUACCCCGUCGCCGCCGAUGUCUAGUGACCCGGUUAACUGGUUGGAAAUCUCUGGGUCUGUCAGUCGCCGUUAUCAGUUUGAACCUGAUGGUGACCUUUCUGUGAAAGUGGUUAAUGACUCAAGACCCGUGUUUAACAGAGUAGCCGAAUCCUUUGUGACUAAAUUUUUCCCUGCAGGUUAUCCAUAUAGUGUAAAUGAGGGGUAUCUUAGGUACACCCAGUUCCGGGCAAUGCAACAUUUCACUAGUGCGGCAUUAUCUGUUCUAUCAACACAGUCAUUGCUAUUUGCUGCGGGAUUGCGACCUACUCCUGCACAAGCGACUGUUGUUAGUUGGAUUAUAAAAGAUGGCAUGCAACACAUGGGGAAGCUUAUAUGUAGCAAUUUGGGUACAAGGAUGGAUUCAGAGCCUAAAAGCUGGAGAAUUCUUGCUGAUGUGCUUUACGACUUGGGUACUGGUUUCGAAGUUCUAUCUCCAUUAUGCCCACAGUUAUUCCUUGAAAUGGCAAGCAUAGGAAAUUUCGAGCAGUUACAAAUUCAGAAUGUGCAAGGACAAGUAGCGCCACAUUUCUCAUGCCUAGCUUAG